AUGCGUGAAGAGGAGGAGGGAGAGGAUGAGGAGGAAGACGAGAAAGAAGAGGAAGAGGAGGAUGAGGAGGAAGAUGAGAAAGAAGAGGAAGACGAGGAUGAGGAGGAAGACGAGAAAGAAGAGGAAGAGGAGGAUGAGGAGGAAGAGGCUCCUAUCACAGCACAGUCCCGAGUCCUGAUUCUGCUUCAUGGACCGAAAGUUACAGUGUGGAUUACAUGA